AUGUCUGCGGCCACAGACUUUGAUGCCUUCCUGGACAAGCACGAUCUCGCCAGGAACAAGACCCUCCUGGUCGACCACGAGAUCGACAGCACCGACCUGGUCCUCUCUCUGACCGAGCCAGAGAUGAAGCAGAUCGGGCUCAAGCUCGGCGCCAUCAAGAAGAUCCAGCGAGCCCAGCGCCAGAACACCGAGCCGCCUGUUGCCGUCCACAAGAGCGAGCCACCGCCAUCCAAGACACCCGAUGGCAGCGAGAAUGCUGUUCUCCCUGUGGUCCGAUACAGACCGCCUCCGCUGACGAGGGGAUGGAAGUGCCAGCUGGGCAACAGGGACCACGAGGUGUUCAUCAGCUAUCGAGUCUUCAGCGACGAGAUGCCCGCAAUCAAGCUCUACGCCGCCCUCAAGUCGUCCAGCCAAUACGACAAGAACCUGUGUCCGUACCUCGACCAGCUGUGUCUCGUCGAUGCCAUGAACUGGGAGACGGGCUUCAUCAACGGCCUGGUCAACUCGCAGACAACCAGUUCCUGGAGGUGA